GUGACGUAGUUCGGUAGACAGGCAAGAUGGCGGCAUCGGCUUGGCUGCAUGGCCCGUCAGCUAUGCGUUUAACCGAGGGUUUGCUGUCUGUUCUGAAAGAGCAAAGACCGGACUAUUUACCCUCUCUGUUGGCGAACUACAGGGAGCAUGGAGUGUUCCCCACACAGGCCGCCAGCGCCGUAGGGAGUUUGGUGGGUUUUAGCAACGCCAAACUGGCCUCAAGCAAAACCAAGUUUGAGGGGCUCUGUUUGCUCUCCAUGCUGGUUAAGGACAGUUCCUGUGAUCUAUUCCAGCAACACUGCCUCUCCUGGCUGCGCUCCCUGCAGCAGGUCAUCCAGUCGCAGGCGCCAAUGCAGACCAUCCAGCUGGCUGUGACUAUUUUGAAGGACUUGCUGCAGUAUUCGUCGCAGCUGGCAGAGCUGGCCAGGGAGGUGGGCCUCAACUGCAUCUUGGGCAUCCUCACAUCGCUACUGGGCCUCAAGCAGGAGUGUGAGCUGGCGGCCAUGGAGGGGAUGACGGCGUGUAUGAUGUACUACCCCAGAGCGUGUGGAUCUCUCAGGGACAAACUGGGCGCCUAUUUCCUCUCCAAAAUGGACAGUUCCAACAAGAAAACACAAGAGAUGUCAUGUCAGUGUUAUGGCCGCCUCCCCUGCCUGGGAGGCCUCAUGGAUCGCGUGUCUGGGGCCGGUCGGGCUGAGAGAUGGAUCAAUCAAGUUCACUGCCUGCUGGCCUCGGCCAAUAGCCUGCUGACUCAUCUCUUCCAGGGCUCAGAAAUGGACAGAACGGUACAAUACGAAGGGCCAGGAGUGGAGCUGGGCUUUCCUCAUCUCGGCCAGUCUGAUCCUCUCCUGCUUUUACAGCUGCAGCACAGAUACACAGCAAUCUGCCUGGCACUCAAACACACUCUACGGGUGGACCCGGCAUCAGUUGUGCGUCUGCCUGUCAGACCCGUUCUCAACCUAGUGUGUCGAGCUCUGGCUGUAACCUCCAAGAGUAUUAAUUUAACAGGGGACGGCAGCGUGAGGUUGCUUCUCUUGCCCGUUAUACACACCAACACACUGGAGGUCUUAUCCACUCUCAUCACAGUCGUGCGCAGCAGCAUGGUUCAGUAUGCCGCUGUCCUUCAGAGGCUCUUCUCGCAAACGCUGAGUGCCUGGAUGCCUCCACCUGAAGCUAACCCUGGGCAGCAGAGAGCCUACACCUCGGUGCGCAUGUCCGUGUACAGAACCUUAGAAGUUUGGGUCCAGGUGGCUGGAGCUUCUGCCAGCAUCCUCCAGGGGAGCCCCAGCCAUUCGGAGGUCCUGUUUAGCCACCUCCUGGGUGACAUCACACCAGGGGCAGAGUCCAUCAAGCUUCGUGCCGGUCUGUCAGCUGAUGUAGUUCCUGGAGGAAAACCGGGCCCCCGAAGGACGAAACCACUGGUCAUGGCGGAUGCAGUCGGGCCAUCCCUCCAGAGGAAAGGCGACACUUUGGCCAAUCAGGACACUUGCCUUUCAGCCCUCAGGGCACUGAGACAAAUCAUACUGACAAAUGGAACACUCCUAAAGGCUGAUUUGCACAAGCGCCUCCACGAGGUGGUGCUUCCGCUGUGUGUGCGCUUGCAGCAGCAGCAGCAAUCAAACUACAGCUCUGCCUUUGAGACAGCAGGGGGUGUAAGUGGGCAGUACGGCGGUGCCCUCACAAGAUGGGAACUAUACAGGUUGCUGUUGGCUCUCGUUCUGGUGCCAUCGCCCUCUUGGCCUCAACCUCUGACCUGUGCUGUGUCCAUUCUCAGCAAAGGGCGCAACGACCACAACCUCAAGGUGUCGUCAUUCUGUACUGAGGCGCUGACCAUCUGUAACUCCCUCCUCCACCCCCGCUCUCCCUCCAUCACCAUCCCUUUACCAGCUAUUGCCCUUAAGCCCACCCCUUCUGCUCCAGUCCUCCCGUCCCCCCAGGGUGCGAACCCAGGUCUUCCCCUGCCAACUCUCCUUGGAGGCCCCAACUCUUCCACUCCCUUCCCCGCCCGCCACUCCCUCUCUAUGGGCUCCACUUCCUUGCUGGGCUCCCUGGAAAACCACCUUUCUCUGGUUCCGGGCAUGACGGGCCAGGGUCACACCCCAGGCGACAUGAUCCUGUCCCCGCAAGCUCACCACCAGCCGGACCCUGCUGGCCUAUGCCCCCUGGAGGGACAGAGACCUGUUUUUAUGCGCUACGACAAAGAGGAGGCUGAGGACGUGGAGAUCUCUCUGGCCAGCGACUCUGAUGACAGCGUGGUCAUCGUUCCUCCAGGGAUGCUCAACAUGGAGGUGCAGCAGAACCAGUCAGCUGCGACUAAUUCUCACAAUCUGACUUCUGUGACCCCCGGACCAGGGCUUGCUGUAACUCUGCCGGGGGCUCAGUCUGUCACUGUGUCUCCCACCACACAAGCGACCACCACAAUGGACGACGUCUCCCUGGCGACCUCCUCCCCUCUCCUCACCCCCUCCACCGUCCCCGUCAACUCCUUCCCUCCUCCCAGCUCCUCAACGGUCUCUCUCACUGCACCCUUGAAUUCCAGCACAGCCCCCACAGGUGAGUCGGUGGGAAGACCUCAGCUCCAGCAGAUGCUGAUGCAGCCCUCAACCCCUGCCCCCAUAACCCUUCCUUUGCACAUGCUGGGCCAGCAGGGAAGACUCCUCCAGCAGCAGCAAGGCCCACCCCCCAGCAAGGAGGACUCGGCUGUCAUUAACAUCAACAGCACUGAUGAGGAAGAGGACAUGGAAGAUGACGAUGAGCUUGAGGAAGAUGAGGAGGACGAGGAGGAGGAAGUGAGUGAUUUUCCUGAGGGGGAGUUUUACGAGGAGGGGGAGGAGUUUGAUGAGUUUGACGAAGAAGGAGAGGAUCUUGAAGAGGAGGAAGAGGAGGAGGAGGUGGAAGAAGAAGAAGAAGAAGAGGAGGAAGAUGGAAGGAUGCCUCCAUUGGAGGGAGCAGAGGAGCAGGCAAAUGUAGGCGACAUGGUGGAGGAGGAGAAGCCUGAUGAUGGAGCAGAGGGAGGCAUACAGGAGGUGCAGCCCAGCCGAUCAAACUUUGGUGAGGACAGGAUGAAAGUGCAGGAGGUCGAGAGUAUCGGAGUCUUGGAGGGGGCCAGAGAGGAGGAGGAGGAGGAGGAGGAGGAUAGGAUGGAUGACCCCUCAAUGCCUCAGAUCCUGUGUGUGACCGGAGGAGUGCUGGAAGAGAGGGAUGAGGAGGAAGAGAAGGGUGCACAGGUUGUAGCUGAAGCGGCGUGUCAGGAGGCACCGGGUUUGGAGGAGCAAGGAGCUAGCGAGGUGCAAGUGGCCACACCCCCCCCAGAGGAACAGCAGGAAACGGCAGCUGAAACCGCUCAGGAUUUGACUGAGAAUGAUGACGAGCCGCCCGUCCUCCAGAACGAACUGCUGGCAGGCCCCGCCGAGGACUGCUCGCUAGCCACAGAACCUGCAAUUUUAUCUGGACCAAACUCACAGGAGCAAGAGGAGUGCAACCUGGAGGAAAACGGCAAAAAUGAGACGGAACACGCUGGUCCAGAGGAAGGUGUGGGAGAUGGUGAAGAGGAAAGUAAAGGAGUCAAGAGGAAGAGGGAGCACACACAGGUAGAGGAUGAGGCAGGACCAAGCACAGAGAAGAAAAAGAUGGACGAUGACACCAUGGCUUCCAUGUUGGCUGAUUUUACCGCCUGCCCACCUGACAACGACGACGAGGCUCCCUCGGCAUCAACCUGCUAAGAAACGCAUCACAUGGGGUUGCCGCGGAUACAAGACUAUCAGUCCUGAGAUUUCCUCGAGAAGCAGCUGCUUUUGCUCCGCUGCUGCGCUCAGGCAUCAGUAUUCACGUUUGUCAUGUUAAAUAUCAUGACUAAACUCCCAUCAAUGUGGGGUGGUGGAUUGUUCUAGGCAGGUUGUCAUCAACUAGUUUUACAGUAUUGAGGUGAAAAUGUAAGAUGUAUUAUCACUUUGUAUCAUGCUACAGCUAGUAACGUCUCUGAAUUCAUGCAUCUUUUUUGCUUUUUAUGUUCUGUCAUCACUUGUCUUUUUUUGCUUUGGUAUAAAACAGUAAAAACGUUGAAAAGGGUUGAUGGCGCCAAGUUCACUUCAGAUUUUCUGAGAAAUGGUAUGACACUAAAAAACAGCAGAGCACUCCUAUCAUAGAGAGGACCUUUGACUUAAAUCCUUAAAAACAGCAGAGCGCUCCUCAAAAAGUCCUGAAAAACCGCAGUGCAGUCUUGCCACAAAAAGGAUCUUUGAGUAGUGUUUUUUUCUGUAGGUAUACAUCUACCUACAAGAUGACGGUGGGGGGAUUGCCCCAAAGGGAAGUCAAUGAGGGCAAAUUAAACCACUAAUUGGAAUGCAGCCCAUAUCUUUUACAUGUUGACACUAACAAUAUU